GAGCAGAACAAUUCACAGUACCAUGGAUCAGGUGAUAUGUCAGCUGAUGAUCAUAAGAAACAGGAAGAGAGAUUAGUUGGUGUCCUAGCGUUGUUAUUUCUCAAUAAGUAUUAUAUUUAUCAACCCAAGAAAAUCAUAAUAUUUGAGAAGUAUUAUUGCUACACGAAAGAAAAUACAUUGAAAAUGUUUGCCGCUGAUGACGAGGAUGGAGAUUUUCUGUCGCCUACUGGAGGGGCAAAGCUGGCAUCACUUUUUGGACUGGACCAAGCUCCUAGUCAGGGGAAUGAAUCCUUCCAAUAUACAGCCCCUAAACAGCCUAGGAAGACCUUGAAUCCAGGACCUCCUGCCCAGAAACCCACUGGCCCUCCUGGUGCUCCUGCAGUAUUAUUGGCUACAGCUAUCCAUGCUUUCAAAUAUCUUAAUGGACAGUAUCAGAAACAAGGAAAGCUUGGAGCUGCAGUCCUGGGUAACCACACAACCAAAGAGUACAAACUCUUGCUGUACGCCAGUCAACAGAAACAAGUGACUGCGGCCACGAUUCAUGUUGGGUUUGUCUUCACGGUUCAGCCCAGCAACUACUGCACUUUUUAUGACGACCAGCGUCAGAACUGGUCCCUGAUGUUUGACACAGACAAAGCUGCCGUGGACUUUUGUAAAGAGGUGUGUUUGGCAAAAGUGAACAGCGCCCCCUCCUUAGAUAUGGUGGUGGUGCAGGACCUGACACUAGGGGAGGGGCAGGGUGUUGAGAAUGGAGACUCCCUGGAGGUGGCAUACACAGGAUGGCUCCUGCAAAACCAUGCCAUCGGACAGGUUUUUGACUCCAACCUGAACAAAGACAAGCUACUACGACUGAAACUUGGCGCUGGAAAAGUGAUGAAGGGCUGGGAGGAGGGCAUGCUGGGUAUGAGGAAGUCAGGCCGGCGUCUCGUGGUGAUACCCCCCAGUCUGGGAGACGGCUCCCAAGGAGUGGCCAACUGUGUCCCAGCAGACUGCACACUUGUCUUUGAGGCAGAGCUACGACGGUUGAAGUUGGCAAAGGACAGUGUGUCUGACCGUGCCAGUGCUGGGUCUCGGGACUCUGCUGCCCCCUCACCUGCCCCCAGUAUGGAGAACUUGGGCCCGGACCUCCCAGCAGGGCCCGCUCAGCCCCCUUCUACAAGCCCCGGGAGACCAGGGGAACCACUACUUCGGGCAAAGUCGAAUUCCAUCAGUGAACAGUUGACAAAUCCAGAUGCCACCAAAGCCAAGCUGAUCUCUCGCAUGGCCAAGAUGGGCCAGCCCAUGUUGCCCUUCAUGGCAGGGCCCUCCUCUCAGCCAGACUCCAGUGACUCUGAGAUGGAGGACCCCAGUGUGUCCAGACUGAAGGAGCGUCCUGCUGCUCCCUCUCCUGUGCAGAUCUCCCCUGCCCCCCAAGCUCCAGUGCAAGUGCUUUCCUACCCUCAUGGGGCACCACCCUCUGCCUUGAUGCCUGUCGCUAUGACAACUGCUGCUCCGCAGCCUGUGAUGCCAGGCUCCACCCAUGCCUUUCAGCCUUAUGCCUACCCACAGUCCUCUAUGGCUCCCUCUCAACUUCAACAAAUGGGCCAGAUUUACCCCACCCAGACAGUGCCAUACAUGGGAGGCACUGGAGAGGUCACUUCCUUCCUCAUGACUGAAGCUCGGCAGCACAACACUGAGAUCCGAUUGGCUGUCGGCAAAGUGGCCGAUAAAGUGGACCAGUUGGCGUCAAAGGUUGAUGACCUUCAGAGGCAAGGAGGCCACUCAUUGGCUAUGCCCAGUGUUAAUAUGGAAACAUCCAUGAUUAUGCACAACAUCCAAAGAAUCAUUCAGGAAAAUGAAUCUUUAAAGAAGGAUGUCUAUGAGAAGAGCUCACGUGUAGAGGAGCAGAACCACAAGAUUGGAGAGCUCAUCAACCAGAACCAGAGAUACAUGGAGCAGAGUAACCUGCUGAUGGAGCAGAGGAAUGAUUCCCUGAAGUCCUCCAGUGAACACAACCAGGUCCGGGUGCUGCAGGCUGAGCAGGAUAAGCAUGCACGGCCUCAGGACCUGUGCUUGGGCCAGGUGCGUCUGACAGAGGAGCUGGCUACGUGUACAGCGCGGGUGUCCCAGCUGCAGCAGGAGGCCACUUCUCACCAGCAGAGGGCUGCAGAGCUGCAGAGCAAACUGACCUCUGCCCUGCAGGACAGUGACACACACUGCACACGCAUCUCCUCCUUAGAAACCCAACUGGAAGAGCUAAAGGAGACGUCAGAGCGAGGCCAGGCCCAGUACCGUACAGAGAAGCAGAAACGCAAAGAGAUGGAGCUCAGAGUAAACAACAUGGAGGAGGAGUUGCAGGACCUGAAGAUUGACAAAGAAAGUCUGGAACGAACGCUGUCAGACAGGAAGAGGAAGUGGCAGGUGGAGAGGCAGCGGUGUGAUGAGGAGAUGGAGGAGCUGAGGAGGAGCAGCCAGCAGGACAUGGACAGUCUAAAGACACAGCUCCGCAAGGCCAGGACCAGCACUGGCCAGGCGGCCUCAGAACAGCUAGCCCAGCUGCAAGCGGAGCUGGAGGAGGAGUGGAAGGGGAAGUGUGAGCAGGCGUUGGCCUCAGCCAAGGAGCAGCAGGGGCGUCAGAUGGCCGAACUGGUAGAGCAAAGGGACACACUGGAGCAGAGACUGACCCAGCUACAGGAAAAGUUCUCAGCUCUGAAGCAGUCCAGGGACUCAGAGGAGCAGGGCCUGCUACAGCAGCAGGUACAGGACGAGAAGCUGCAGGUCCUACAAGAAAAGUAUUCAGGCCUGGAGGAGCAGUCAUCAGCUAUGAAACAGAAGCUUGAGGGGCGAGUGGCUGAGCUGGAAAGGAGGCUGGCAGAGCAAAUGGGCCAAGAGGACACUGCAGGGGAGGUGAAGCGUGUGAUGAACGGAGUGUUCCACUCUCUGAGAGGAGAGUUUGACCUACAUGAGACCUACACAGGCAGCGCUGUGCUCAGUAUAAUCGUCAACACCAUAAAGAGUGUUACAUUGCAACUGCUCAACGUUACUGAGAGACCUUUGUCCCAACGGAGUGAAGAGGAAGAGGUGGUGGAGGUCAGUGAUGUGAAGCUUCGAGAGGAGAGACCACCGCAGGAUGUCCAUGUGAAUGGAGAGGAAGAGGAGGAGCAGAGGGUAGAGUCAGAGCAGCCUAGUGAGGCCGUUGGGCAGAGGGAGGGAGACCCCAGAGAUGUGCAGGAGAGGCCUCGUCUGGAGGCAGAACCAGAGACCGAGAAGCCGACUAAGGUGGAGCUAGCAUCAGACAUCCACACAGAACCAGAGCAGCAAUCACACUCAACCCAGCCACGACCAACAUCUCCCGAGCCACUGGGAGAGAACACCACCGAGGCUUCGGAACCCACUGACAUAAACCCUGAGGAGAAUCUGCUCUCUGAGAAGGGACAGGAAUGUCAGUUAGAAGGUGAUGUAAUUACCCCAGAGGUGAAGAAAGUGAGUGUGACUAUUGAGGGUCCCAUGGGUGAACUGGAAAUAACUAGCCCCAAAGCCACAGGUCCUCCAACCCAGCCCCCACCUCCACCAAGCCCUCUGCAUGACAGUCCUGGGAAAGUAAGUCUGACUGAGGGAGUAGGAGAGGAAAAUGGAAAGGAGACAUUUUUCCAGAGCACAGCCCCAACCAAACCCCCACCACCACCCACUGAGGAGGAGGAUGAUGAUGAGCUGAGCUUGAAGGGGCGACCUCCCCCAGCCCCUCUGUUUGGCGAUGAAGAGGAUGAAGAUCUUGACUGGCUGGGCUGAGCAACAACUGAAGUGAUAAGUCUUAUGAGUCUUGAAGGCCAUCCUCUAGAGAUGAUUUCCACUGUCCUAGAAGAGCCUAUACCUGGAUGAACAUGUAGUGAACUCAGUCUCUGUCUGAGAUAAGGGAACUCUGAACAAUGUGAGUGAGAAGGACGUCCUGUCAGACUGCCCUGAACACUGCGGUUAAAGAUCUGUGUGCCAUUUUGAGAUCUGUAGGGCUGACCUGAUUGCUGUUGCAUGAAAGCCACCUUUGAUCAAUUAAGUCUGAUGAAAUCCACCAGAAAUCCCCCCCCAUGCAAUCAAAGUCAAUCCAUCUGUUUAGCCCUGUAAUUUGUUGUUUUCAUUGGGUCUUCGAGACUAAAAUGAUGGUCUAGGGUAUUUCAAAUACUGUAGCUUGAUGUUCAUUUAUCUGAUUUGAUUUAAGAUGUCUGUUUGCUUGUUGUCAGGUUUACAAGGCUGUUGUGUAUUAAUAAUUAAUAAUAGAGGGCUUGAUGCUUCAAGAACAUCUAAUUUUUAAAAAUGUUUGCUGAGAUUCAUUCCAGAAAAUAAAAAAACAUAAAAAAAGA